AUGGGCGAGAUCGACGAUGGUACAGAACCUGCUACGUUGGGCUUGAAUACGCUUCAAAAGGCUUUCAAAGGGACGACUAGCUCGUGGAUUAAGAAGGGCGACGGAGCCGUCAUCAUCAAAUUUUCGAGUACAGACACGAAAGACGUGACUGUGAACAUCAUGUCGGGAGGGGACAGGAUCGACGAAGUCGACGUCAAAGCAGGAAGAACUGGCGAAUUGAAUUCAACUGUCAAGGCUCUUGGUGGAAAAACGCUGUACCUCGACCGCUGGCGUCCAGGAUUCCUCGGUCUUCCAGGAACAGGAGGCGGGUCGCUGGUCCUGUGGGUACCGAGGUCUACUCAAGGAGGCCAUUUAGAACUUAAGGUGAAGCUUAACGUGAGCUAA